AUGCCUACUACAGAGCCACAAACAGGAGAUAUAGCCACAGAAUGGUACGACAAUAAAGGAUGGUCUCAAAUUGUAGAUGCAAGCUAUUUGAUUAGCGAUAUAAUUGCAGCAAAGGAUAUAUAUGAGUAAACUUUUAUCGACCAAUCAUCGCAAUUAACCGCUCAUCUCUUCAAGAAGUUCGUAAAAUAGAUAGAAGAUUUCAAUAGACGUUGUGGAACAUGCAUUACUCUUUAAGAAUUAGUAAGGAAUUUGAGCAAUCAUUGA